GUGCUCUGUCGGCUUGCUUCCUGCAGGAGUAGUCGCCCAACCUGAUAAUCUCGACUGCAUGAUGGAUCCCACGCGAUUUGAAUGUGUAAACUUUAAUUUGCCUUCGGACAAGGCCAACGCGAUGCUAGCUGAAGCUUGCAAGGAAGACCCUAGGCUUAUUGGAUGCACCUUGCAGCGCUAUUGUCGCACCGCUGCUGCGUUUCUAGGAACAAACACCUGCUCGCCGUUUUCUCUCCUUGCUACAGUAUGUGCAAGCGAUGCUCCAAGUCUCAAUGGCUGUAGAACAUAUGCUGCUUUAUGCAGACACGGAUCUCUGGUUCGGCAGUGUGCGAACGAGGCUCCUCUACAGUAUUUGCCUAGCACAAGUGAACUGGAACGUAUGGUACCAGAUCUUUGCGCAGAAAAAUGGGUGGACGGAUGUGAGUUGUGCGAAGCAAGUGAAGCUUCUUUUAAGCGAGUCAAGCGAGUAUGCGAGCCAUUGGCAGUGUACUCGCAAUUUUGUCGUCAAGUUCCUGAAAGCCCCUCCUGCUCAAGUAUGCUGCAGCUGUGCAAUUCUACAUCUGUGCCUAGCAACCUUUGCCCCCCGCCUCCGACUCCACCGCCACCUCCGCCGCCGCCUCCGAAUAAUACUCUCCCAUUUCCAACUUGGCGACCUUAUCUCCAUUUCUCUGGCCCUGAAUAUAUAAUAUUACCUUUCUUUGUAGCUCGAAGCACAUUGCAGUUGGCAUUAGCUGUUAUCGCUGCCUUUCUGAUUGCUACCACACAUGAACUUGUGAAUGUGCUCCGGAUCUACUGCGAGCAAAAAUGGGUGGCAGUAAUUGAACGAUCCAACGGCGUUGCACAAAUCACAGCAUCGCCCAUAGCUGCGAACAACGACCCGUCUGAUGCGGAGACUUCACCCACCUCGCGUGUCUUUGGGCGACGCAGUACUACGACUGGUCCUAUCGACGAUCUGGACGAGCGCGGGCCACUACUCGGGGUACCGGCCACGAGCGCCAGAUCAGGGACAUUACAUAAAGUGAAAGCUGUGGGUCUCGAUUUAAGUAUCCGCGCCGCUCGGAUGAUUCUUCGAUUGUUAUCUGGAAUUCUUUUUGUGAUGGUGGUACUUUUGUGUGUCACGUUUAAUGUACCCAUAAUAGCGGGUGUGCUGGCGGGAUGGGGCAGUGGCGCGCUGUUUCUUGGGAAUUAUGCCGUAGCUGGAGUUUCUCAUGGUACAUAUGAAUAGCGUUAAGCAUUAUAGCUGUAAAUACUUUACAAGUUUUAGAUUGGAAGUGGGUUGGCUGGUACACAGGAAGUAAUUCAAUAAGAUGUAUGGCC